AUGAGUCCACGAGAAUCUGUAGCAUCAAGAAAACGAAGAGGACGCCCUCCACGAAGACGACAACCUGAAAAGGAAAAUGAGACUGAUGAUUUAGACAAACAAACCGUUAACAUGUCGGACACUGACACAGACGAAGAAAUGAUGAGAUUACGAAAACGAGGAAGGCCUAGGACUCGUGGAAGAGCCAGUGAGGAAAUGAUUAAGCGAGUAAAAGAAGACACACCCGAAGUGUCAGAAGUCGAGACAGGCGAUGGAGGUGAAAGCGAACUUGAUGAAGCAGGUGAAAAAAAGGUCGACAAGAAUGGACAUUUACUUCAAGGGCGUAAAUAUCGUGUGUCUUCAUUUACAUUGCCAUUGCGUGGCGAUCGUCUGUUUAUGCUGGCCAUGGAUCCAGCAAAGGUGCUUGGAUAUCGCGACAGCUAUCUCUUCUUCCACAGAAACCCGCGGCUAGAACGAGUACGGAUCACUGAAGAUGAAAAAAGGUACUUGGUUAAGGAACGCCUGCUGGUGACGUGGUUUAGGAAUCGCGACGUAGCAGUAGUGACAGCCCGGUCGGUAUUCAAGUGCUUCGGAUCAAAGAUUAUAAAGGACGGUAAAAAAUAUAAGGACGAUUACUUUGAGACAAAGGCGAGGGAAGAGGCAAAUCAAGAGAUGGAUAUUGAGUCUGAAGAGCAAGUGUCGGAUCAAAAGGAAACCGGCAGACGGUCGCUUUUGUCCAAACAAUCUGUUGCGGUAGAGAGUUACAAGACAGUCCAGCCCAUCAACGGGGCAACCUGGCUGCACCACGCUGCCCUAGCUGUCCGAGGAUUCAACGCCCAACUUUACGAAAGACGUGUAGAGAAACCUGCAUUUUUUGAUAUUCACACCAAUACUCGGCAAUUACCAGCCGCAACACAACCCAAGAAGUGCAUCUUUAAACCUGUCAAUGAAGACGAAAUGUUGGAUUCCUCACUAGAAUUUAAUUCAUCGCCAGAGUCACCUUUGCGUGGAUUUGGCCAGUAUUUACUAGAAAAUGACCCUACAUCAACAGUUGCAUUGGGACUCCUUUCCGAAGAAGCAAGACAGGAAGUUGAAAAAAUUAUGAACGAUAUGCGAUCCGCUCUUUGUGUAGAAUCUCACAUUUCCCAAACCAAACCUACCACAAAUUAUCCCAUUGCCAUAACCGAAGGCCAACACCAAACAGAGUUCCCAGUGUAA